CGGGUCUCUUCAUAAACGUAAACAUGACAGUAGGUUAGACAGUCCCCGGUCCAGUUUAUAGUCUGUUUUCUGUUACAGGUUUCCAUUUUUAUUCUCUCAUGUUGAUCCUCCGGACAGCGGCGGUCAGCUGCAGAGGGCUGGCCGCUCUGCGCUACCUGUCCUCCGGCUGCACCGCCUCCAGAGGUACCGCUACCUACAUCCAGGGCCAGAGUCCAGAGCCACGCAUCAGAGAAUACUUCUACUACAUCGACCAUCAGGGACAGCUGUUCCUCGAUGACACUAAAGUCAAGAACUUUGUCACCUGUUUCAAAGACAAACACUUCCUGGUCUUCUUCUUCAGUCGUCUGCGGUUGAAUCAGAGUGGGCGUUACCAGGAGGACUUCCCCUUCCUGUCCCUGUGUGGCAGAGAGAGGAACUUUGUGCGCUGUGAUGAUCAACCUGUGGUCUUCACCCACCUGCUCCAGGGCACUGAGGCAGACCAGGAGCUGCUGUCGUAUUGCGGCGGGGCGGACAAACUGUCCGUCCCGUUCCGCCCCGAGGCCCUCUACAUGCACCCCAUCAGUGGGCGGGUUUACCACCCCUGCACAGAGCGCGCAGGGGGCGUCGGCCUGGUCAGGUCGGCUCUGGCCAUAGAACUGAGCCCCUUCUUUGUUUAUGCAGCUGAUCAGGGUCAAUCAGGACAGCCGACACACUUUAAAUGGGGCGGGAAGCAACACACACUGACCAAUGAGCUCUCAGGAUGCUUCCCGACAGCAGAGGAGGGCAGUGGGGAGGAUGGAGGAGUGGGAUAACAUCCAGAGCUACGCAAAGGUCUAUAUAAAAUACUAUUUCCCAUAGUGACCGUGGGAAAACUGCUGCUUUGAUGGAACCCCAGUGGCCAACAGAAGCAGAUAUUCACUGUUUCAGUCUGUAUUUUAUGGCUGAAGAAGUUUAUGUCUGCCAUUUGUUACAUAUCUUCACUCUAUCGGUUCCAUGUUGCAGAUUAUAGCUCAAGGAGAGAUUUAAUCAGCUGGAGACUUUGAAAGGUUGAGAAGAUAUUAAACUAUUCACUGUGUCCAAAGCGCUUGUUUGACAGAAAACAUAUUUAUUAGGUUAUUUUCUAAUCUGUUAAUCUCAAAAGUUGUCAGACUAAUGGUGUGAUGAACAUUAAAUGGAUUGAAAAUUAGUGAAAAUGCUGAACUGCUGAAAAAAUGUUCCCAGUCAAACCUUCCCUCUAACCACAGAUAUGUAAUUUGUGAUUGAAACAUCUACUUUUUGGCUUUUCCUCAACAGGUGGAGGUGGAUUCUAGGUUUUGGCUGCAGAGACUGACAUUUGCAUUCCAGCUAGUGUAUGUUUUAUGGUUUAGAGAAUAAAAACAAUUUGGUCAGGGACAGGAGAAGAUCAUGGUUUGGUUUAAACAUUAAUGAACACACUGGAUCAUUUUCUGCCA